CCCAGGAGACUCUAGGAGGGCGGAGGCACGAGUAACACCCAAAGGACUACAGUUUCCAGAAGCCCGCGCGCGCCCCGUGCCACGUGACCGCCUGGCUGGCGCGCGCGCCUCGGGGUUCGGUCCCCAGCCGCGUUCUGGGUCGCUUCCCUCUUCCCUCGCCGCCUCCCGGCCUCCGCACCGACGCGGCCCGGGCUGGAGCCGAGCCGGGGCCGAGCUGCAGGCCGAGCCGGAGCCGGAUCCUUACCCGCAGAGACGUGAAAACAUGGAGGCCUGAGCCGGCGUGCGCCACCUGGGGCUGCGGCGGCGACGGCGACUUCUCCUGACCCCUCUGCCACCCGCCCGUCAGUCCGUGGAUCCGUGGAGCUGGAGCGUAUCCCCCCGCCGGCUGAGACAGGUUGUCUUGUGGAAAUGCAGGUUUAAGGACAAGUUAUCUGCUUAAGGUAGAAGAUGGGAUCAAAUAGCAGCAGAAUCGGCGAUCUUCCUAAAAAUGAAUACUUGAAAAAGUUAUCAGGCACGGAAUCUGUCUCUGAGAAUGACCCGUUCUGGAAUCAGCUUCUCUCGUUUUCUUUCCCUGCACCAACUAGCAGUACUGAGUUGAAACUCUUGGAGGAAGCAACCAUUUCAGUCUGCAGGUCAUUAGUUGAAAACAAUCCUCGAACAGGAAAUCUUGGUGCACUAAUUAAGGUCUUCCUUUCUAGAACCAAAGAACUAAAACUCUCAGCAGAAUGUCAGAACCACAUCUUCAUUUGGCAGACACACAAUGCUUUGUUUAUUAUUUGCUGUUUGCUGAAAGUGUUCAUCUGUCAGAUGUCAGAAGAGGAAUUACAACUUCAUUUUACUUAUGAAGAAAAAUCUCCUGGCAAUUACAGUUCUGACUCGGAAGAUCUUUUGGAAGAAUUACUGUGCUGUUUGAUGCAGUUAAUCACUGAUAUUCCACUCUUAGAUAUUACAUAUGAAAUAUCAGUAGAAGCUAUAUCAACAAUGGUUGUUUUCCUUUCCUGCCAGCUCUUCCACAAAGAAGUUUUGCGACAGAGCAUCAGCCACAAGUAUUUGAUGCGAGGUCCAUGUCUUCCAUACACCAGCAAACUUGUGAAGACCUUAUUAUAUAACUUUAUCAGACAAGAAAAGCCACCUCCUCCAGGAACCCAUGUUUUCCCUCAGCAGUCGGAUGGAGGAGGACUGCUUUAUGGACUUGCAUCAGGAGUAGCAACAGGACUCUGGACUGUCUUCACGCUAGGUGGUGUGGGCAGCAAAGCUACUGCCUCUCCAGAACUUUCUUCCCCUCUGGCCAACCAGAGUCUCCUGCUUCUGCUGGUGUUGGCCAAUCUGACAGAUGCCUCAGAUGCGCCAAACCCCUACAGACAAGCCAUUAUGUCCUUCAAGAACACACAAGAUAGCAGUCCUUUCCCCUCAUCAAUUCCACAUGCCUUCCAGAUCAACUUUAAUAGUUUGUACACAGCUCUUUGUGAACAGCAGACAUCUGAUCAAGCAACUCUCCUCUUGUAUACCUUGCUUCAUCAAAAUAGUAAUAUUAGAACAUACAUGUUGGCUCGCACAGAUAUGGAAAAUCUUGUUUUACCUAUUCUUGAGAUUCUGUAUCAUGUUGAAGAAAGGAAUUCACACCAUGUGUAUAUGGCCCUUAUAAUAUUGUUGAUCCUUACAGAAGAUGAUGGCUUCAACAGAUCCAUUCAUGAAGUGAUACUAAAAAAUAUUACUUGGUAUUCAGAACGAGUUUUAACUGAAAUCUCCUUGGGGAGUCUCCUGAUCCUGGUGGUAAUAAGAACCAUUCAAUACAACAUGACUAGGACAAGAGACAAGUACCUUCACACGAAUUGUUUGGCAGCUUUAGCAAAUAUGUCAGCACAGUUUCGUUCUCUCCAUCAGUAUGCUGCCCAGAGGAUCAUCAGUUAUACCUGCCGCCACUUGCGGAGAUAUGUUUAUGUGUUGGACAAACUGUAUUUCCCCCACUCUCACUGUUCUACGCUUCAGCAUUGCUUCUCGACCCUCAGUGACAAUGGAGAGGAACUCUUGUCUUUAACUUGCUCUCACAUUCUCAGAUCCUAUGCUUCCAGUUUAUUUUCUUUGCUGUCUAAAAAACACAACAAAGUUCUGGAACAAGCCACACAGUCCUUGAGAGGUUCGCCGAGUUCUAAUGAUGUUCCUCUACCAGAUUAUGCACAAGACCUAAAUGUCAUUGAAGAGGUGAUUCGAAUGAUGUUGGAGAUCAUCAAUUCCUGCCUGACAAAUUCCCUUCACCACAACCCAAACUUGGUAUACGCCCUGCUUUACAAACGCGAUCUCUUCGAACAAUUUCGAACUCAUCCUUCAUUUCAGGAUAUAAUGCAAAAUAUUGAUCUGGUGAUCACCUUCUUUAGCUCAAGGUUGCUGCAAGCUGGAGCUGAGCUGUCAGUGGAACGGGUCCUGGAAAUCAUUAAGCAAGGCGUCAUUGCGCUGCCCAAAGACAGACUGAAGGUUUGGAAGGAAAUAAAUAAAGUUAGUAUGUCCUCUGGGAGCCGACUUAGAAGCCGCAGCUCAAAGCUCUCGCUGUCUGUAUCCACAACAGGAAAUUUCCAGAAUUGAAAUUCAAAUAUGUGGAAGAGGAGCAGCCUGAGGAGUUUUUUAUCCCCUACGUCUGGUCUCUUGUCUACAACUCAGCAGUCGGCCUGUACUGGAACCCGCAGGACAUCCAGCUGUUCACCAUGGAUUCCGACUGAGGGCAGGGUGCGCUCCCACCCGGACCCCUCCAGCCAAGCAGCCCUUCAAGUUCUUUUAUUUCUGGGUAACAGAAGUAGACAGACAGAUUACUUGGUGUAUCUUCUGUUAAAGAGGAUUGCACAAGUGUGUUUUCCUCACACACUUUGAUUUGGAGAAUUGGUGCCAGUUGGCAAUAGAUCACUCAGCGUAGAUAGUAGUGCAAAAAGGGGAGGAAAUACACAACAAUAAUAAAUGUAAAAACCUGCUAUUCAA